AUGGCUUUCCUUGUAGCUGAAUCAUCUGCUCCUCCUUCCCUGCCCCCUGAACCACCAGAUCCAGAUCUACAGGUGGUGUGUCCGGUAGAUCCUCCAGAGCCUCCAGUUCCCCCGGAUCCUCCACCGAUAGCGACAGGAAAUGGUGGUGGUGGCGUUCUCCCUGUGUCCGCUAGUGACACUUACUUUGGGCUUCAUUCUCCUGUGGUAUACAGGUCUCUAUUUGAGUGUGUCGAUUGGUCGUCAAGUCAUUCUCCUGUGCUAUACAGGUCUCUAUUUGGGUGUGUGGAUUGGUCAUCAAUCAGUUCUUGUUUCGACCUCCCCACCACUUCUCUUUGUAAGGUCCUUCAUGCUCAUCUUAGCUCUUUAUUCUCUACUUAUUCUGCUACUGUAGAAUGGUUUAGACUGCUAUUUGUGUGGGUAAUGUUGGAAUUGAGGUUCAUGAUUCUAAAUGGUGAUAUACCGAUGGGCUUAGUUUCAUUUGGUUCUACCUUUGCGACCUCUAGUAGCAUUUAUAUCGCCUUGGCGCGAUCGUCUGCAGUAUGCAGUUCUCUUACGGGUUUCAUUCCGGAUGUUGGUGUUGUGUUUGUGUAUCUCUCUUCUUGGUGGCAGUUAGAAGAGAAAUUCAUUUUCAUCUUUAUCCCGAUGAAUUUGGAUGUGAUGGGAAAUGAUUUCCCGCUUGUCCCUCGUUUGAAUCAGUCUUCUCUCCUAAUAUUUCCUCCUAUAAGGAGUGAAUUGGAUGAACGAGCUUCGUUGGUAUUGCAAGGAUUUUCCUCCCAUCGAAUGUUCUUCUCUGCGUAUGGUGCAGUGUGUGUGGUCUUACAGGUUACACUAGAUGCGGUCUUUGAAGAAGCUUAUGAAGUUGUUGUGAUCCAAUUUCAUAUGGCUCUUUUUUUGUGA